AUGGGAAUUGGGCAUUGUGGAGGGUGCCAGACUUAUGGGACCUCAAAAAAGUUAGUAUCAAUACGUACAUAUGUAGACCGUAGAGGUAAUAGCUAUAGUAGUAAAUUUAUAUUAUACUCCAUUGUUUGCACCUACAGAGGGUAUAUUGGUUAUUCGACAAAGCUGAAUUUCAGAGAUAAGAAAACAAGCGGAAACCGAAAAGCGUUGAGUCAUUUUGUAUGGACAGCACAAGGACGCACUGAAAUGGAGCUCCCAUUGCAAACUCUACCUUUUGCUUCUUUUGGCAAGACAAGGAACUCCAAGCUUGGAGAUCACCAUGCAUUUGAGAGAAGUCCUCAAAAUCCGCAUUUUGCAUCAUUUGUGAAGUCAAGAGAACCAAGGAAACGAAUAAUGAUAGUAUCUUCUACUUUACUAGAAACAGCUGCGUCUGUUGCAGUUGCUGCUACGGUUGUGGGUGCAGCAGCUACCCUUCUCGCAAAGAGAAGCAAAGCUUCUGAAGAAACUGAGGUCCGUCCGUGGGUCCCCUUAAAACUCUGUGAAGAGUGUGGUGGUUCUGGUAUUUGUCCUGAAUGCAAAGGGGAAGGAUUUGUGCUUAAGAAACUUUCAGAGAAAAGUGCUGAAAGAGCGAGAUUGACUGCAAAGAAUAUGGCCACGAGAUACACUGCAGGGCUUCCUAAGAAAUGGAGCUAUUGCACAAAAUGCUCUUCUGCGCGAAAUUGUAGUGCAUGUGGUGGAAGUGGAAAGCUAAGCUACUAGCUUUGUGCUAGUAUCUAUUGGCUUCGUAAAACAUACAAUCAUGGAAGACUAAGGCUAAGCUAAACAUUCUUUUGUUCCAUUUUCUAUAGUUAUCCUUGUUAAAACUGCGCCCUCUGUUUGUGGCUAACAAUUUGGUUCUACUAGUUUUAUUGGAACAUUCUUUUUGUACUGUAAAGAGGUAUUGGAGUAGUUUGCGAUUAGUACAAUGCCUGUUGACAUAA